GACAGUUAUGCUUAUCACUGUUUGUUGUGAGGGCAAAAUGGCGUCAAGCAAAGUUAGAACAUCGUUAGGGUUAUCAUGCUCAAUUAUUGCAAGUUUUUGCCUUAUAUCUCUCACAAUUUUACCUACACAAACUUUGGCUGAAAAUUCUGCGUCCCACAAUUUUAUGGCACAACCCUUUGGUCAAGAAAUUUCUGAAGAAGUUGCUUUGGGGAACGUUAAAUGUCAGUUUAAAUACAAAUGUGUUGGUGGGACUGGUGAGGGCUGGGAAAUGAGGUUAGAAAAAAAGGGAUCGGAAUAUCAUUGCGUCAUCGACAGGCCUGAGCAGUCAUCGUAUCUUUUCUUUAUGAUGUUCGAAGCAUCAGUAGAAGGUGUCAAAUUGCAAAGAGCUGAACCCUACGAUAACUCGAAGAGAAUGCUACACGAUGACGAAUUCAAAGUUAAAGGAAAUACUGUGAAAAGUGGAAGUGCUUUCAAAUCAAAUUUGGCUACACUGGCCUUGAUCGCGAAACAAAAGUAAACCAAAAGGAAUUGAGAAAGAAUGUGUUGAAUCUUAAACGAAUCAUCUAAAGGUCAAGGGUUUUGUGCAAUAUUGCUAGUUAUAAAUUUAUACAUUGGAAGGAUAUUUCUUUUACAA